AUGGCAAAAGCUAUACCGAGAGUUGGUUCACGUAGGAAUGGACGUAUUGGUUCACGUAAGAGUGCACGUAGAAUACCAAAGGGAGUUAUUCAUGUUCAAGCAAGUUUUAAUAAUACCAUUGUGACUGUUACAGAUGUAAGAGGUCGGGUGGUUUCUUGGUCCUCGGCCGGUACUUGUGGAUUCAGGGGUACAAGAAGAGGGACACCGUUUGCUGCUCAAACCGCAGCAGGAAAUGCUAUUCGUGCAGUAGUGGACCAAGGUAUGCAACGAGCAGAAGUCAUGAUAAAAGGCCCCGGUCUCGGAAGAGACGCAGCAUUACGAGCUAUUCGUAGAAGUGGUAUACUAUUAACUUUCGUACCCUCGGCUACUCCCAUGCCGUCGCAGAUCUUUUUCACUCGGCAGAUCCAUCUAUCCGCCUCCAAAGGAUUGGAGCUCCCUUGGAAAUUGGGUGGUCGUUGUCUUAAGAAUUCCCGAAGAGCUAUCAUCCUUCGGUCUCCGUUCCCAUUGCCCGGUACUUGA